GAGUGAAGUUAGUCACGUGAGCACAAGUGUGGACAGAGAUUCGUCCAACACAGUUAUAUCUGUCCAAGGAAUGUCACCAACGAAUCAUGGAGAAGGACCAAGCACAUUAACAACGACCCCAACUGGAGAUUUUGAUUGGUUGUACGCAUCAUGGUUGUGUGAUGAGGUAGAUCUUGCUGGUUAUGAAAGCAUGAGUGAUGUGGAAAUGGAACUAGGCCCAAAUGACGAGUCUUCCAAUUCCCAGCAUUCCACUGUGUCACUACCUGAUAUACUUAAAAAACUAUCCAGUGCUAUUAAUUUAGAUUCAAUAUCAAAAUUCAACAUUAGUCGCAGCCAUGUAUGGGAGGGGACAGUAAGAGCUCUAACAAGAAAAUCCUUUUCACCCCAUAAUAAGGUUUCUGUCAAGUUUUGCGAUGAUGUUGGUACAUCAGAAGGGGCCAUAGAUUUGGGGGGACCCAAAAGGGAAUUUUUUACCUUGGUUCUAGAUUGGUUAAUGCAUUCACAGCUUUUUUGCGGCAGUGAUAGUUCUAAGUACUUUUCAUGUAAUGCUACCUCUCAAGGUAACAAUGACUGUUUCCAUGCUGGAGAAAUAGUAGCAAUGUCUCUUGUUCAUGGAGGUCCUGGUUUUGGGUGUCUCUCACCAAGUCUUUAUCAGUGCAUUGUGGAAGGCCCUAAUAACGUUCUUGUAAAUGCGAGUGAUGUAUAUGAUGUUGAAUUAAGAUCUUCUUUAGAAAAAUUAUUAAAUGCCAAGAGUACUGAUGAGGCAAAUACAAUGAUUGACAGGCCUCUUCUAAGUACACUCUUAGAUCUUGCAGGAACUUUCAAAUUUGUGUCAUCUUUGGAUGAAAUCCCAACACUAGUUCAGCAAACUGUUAAAUGGUUCUUACUUGGCAGGUCACAUUUUUCACAAGAGCAAUUUGUACAAGGGCUGUCUGUGUUAGGAAUUUAUGAUUCUAUCUUAAAGAAUCCUGAAUCAUUCCGCCCAGUUUUUUGCUGCUCACCUCAGCAACUUAAUGCUGAAGUCAUUUCGCAUCUGUUUGAAACUAAUUUUAGUGAGGUUGGCUCUAAUCGGCAUUGCUCUGAAUCACUGGUCAUAUCACAUUGGAAUGAUUAUUUGUUGGAUGUUGAAGAGAGGGCAGAAACGGAGGUCACAUUCAAUGAUAUUCUGUUUUUUGCUAGCGGAUGUAAAAUUAUACCACCAUUUGGUAUAAAACUGUCUUUAGAGUUUCUACAUCAUGCUGAAAAAAAUGGUGAAAUGUCCAAAUUCCCAAAGGCUAACACAUGUGCUUGCAUUCUUUAUUUACCUGUCACCCACAGCUCAUAUGAUAAGUUCAAAGAGGCCCUUUCGUUUGCAUUUCUUAACACCCGUGGGUUUGGUGAGCCAUAA